AUGGAGCCCCUCAAGAUCCGAGUAAGUGGCGAGUCGAGCACCAUCCGCCUGGCCGAACAGGGAACUCUUCGACUUACUGUCGAAUCAGAGGGCUCCCAACUAGAAGUGGUGUCCAAGGAGGUCAUUGCGAGAUCGAAUGAACUCAGCGAACUCUUCAAGGCACUGUCUCCGAAGGCUCCAGAUGGCACUGCCACUGCAGAUGCGGCCGUCACCAAAGUCGCCUCUACUUUCCUUCGCACGAGGAACUACACCCCCCGCAACCGGGACAAUCAGCAAUUGCCCAAGGUGUAUCAAGCGUCCAUGUCCCUCAGCGUCGUGUUCCGCGAUAUGACCAAGCUGAGUGAGGUCAUCGGCCAGCUUGUGGGCUACUCGAACGUCGAAAUCAUUGCAAUCGACUGGAGUCUGACCGACGCUACGAAGAAGUCCCUGGGCUCCCAGGUGCGCAGAGAGGCCAUUCGCGAUGCGGUGCGCAAGGCAAAGGACUAUGCCGAAGAACUUGGUCGGGAGAUCUACGCGGUCGACGUCAUGGAUGGAGGACAAAAUGCUGUCGCAUAUCAUGCACCAGUUGGAGGAGGACUUUUCGGCUCUAAUACAUUUGGAAAGGGGCGACAAACAGGAGGUAGUCUUUUUGGUUGUGCCUCUGCUAGUGGCCCGAGCAAUCCAGCUCCUGAGCCGUCACCGACACUGGACUUGAGCCCUCAAGACAUUCAACUUACGAGCUCGGUGAGUGUGGAGUUCCAGUCCGUUCCAGGAGAAGAGCGAAAGCAAUCUUGA